AUGGACUCACCACCACCCCCUUACAGUGUCUCUGAAGGCGCUCCCGAGAAUCAAGCUGCUCCGGAAUACACUACCCUCCUGGCUGAUGAACAUCCAAGAACACAACCAUCGCCGCCUCCAUACACACCCCUUGUCACUGCAAACGCCAAUACAAAUUCCGACUCAACCGGCUACAAGCUUUGCCUUAAAAAUACAUCCCUCAGGAUUUCUUGGACAGGUCCCAUUAAUGCUUUCGAGGGAAACAAUGUUAUUCAAAUCACGCGGGCGGUGGGCAGAGACCUCGGGGUCCUAGUCUGGGAUCCUAGAUUUACAUUGUAUUAUUCCAUAAUUAGUCCCGCGGGAAAGAAGAUACGUGAUGGAUUCAUGUUUGGAGACUGUCGUGCCGUUACUGCGAAGCUUUCUGAUGAUGGGCGCGUGAAGGUUCCCUAUGCCAUGUUACUCUAA